AUGUCGUUCGGUUUCCCCUUCUUCUACAACAACACAAUUACGAAAUGGUACAACUAUUGGGCCAUUACACACCACAAUGCAAUCCUUUCUGAAAACCUUCUCCCCUGUGUCCUGCGGCGAUCCGGAUGGCGUCGUUUGUCUCGAUUUUGCCGCGGCGGCUCGGCUGUCCCUCGGCCGAGGGAAUCCUCCCCUGAAAAUCACCUCAAUCUGAUGAAAACCCUCUGGUUCAACAAAGGGAAGAACUACGCCACGAGGCGAUUCACAUUGGAUUUUGACUCAAUCGAAAAGCUGAGAGCCCUUGUGGCAAUCAAGCAGUCGAGAUUAGAGGCGCUGUCGUGA